AUGACGUUAGCAAUCAAAGGCGUAACCCGGGAUGCUCAGAUUGGCAUUUGCGUCGUUACACGGCAGAGCAGGGAAUUGGAGAGCAAAGGCCGGCAGAGGAGGUCAGGAGGGGGCAAGGAGGGUGGACCGGCCAUGGAUCAGGGCCAGCCCUCAAUACCCGGUGGUCCUGGAGCUGAGUUCGGGAAGGCAGGGCCCAUAUACUUGCACGUUCGACGGCAGCUCAUGACCCGGGCGUUGGCCCUGUCGGGACUGGAGGGCAAGGAUGGUUGCCAUAUGGCCAUGCAUGGCCCUAAGCGGAAGGAAGCAGCAAGUGGCUCAGCUGCCCGUCUCAGCUGCCAGAAGGCGUCCACCUUCAUGGUGGGUGCCUCUGCUGACAACACAGCUCCGACAACUACAGGUGGACCGGCCAUGGAUCAGGGCCAGCCCUCAAUACCCGGUGGUCCUGGAGCUGAGUUCGGCAAGGCAGGGGCCUCAUCCUUGCAGGUUCGACGGCAGCUCAUGACCAGGGCGAUGGCCCGGUCAGGACUGGAGGGCAAGGAUGGCUGCCAUAUGGCCAUGCAUGGCCCUAAGCGGAAGGAAGCAGCAAGUGGCUCAGCUGCCCGUCUCAGCUGCCAGAAGGCGUCCACCUUCAUGGUGGGUGCCUCUGCUGACAACACAGCUCCGACAACUACAGAACUUUGGGACGUUGUGCCAAUCAGCAAGCCUGGGACUGUGACAGAGGGGGAGGUGUUCAAGCAGUGCUGCCACUCCCGGCGGUAUGGAGAGGGCUGA